AGAUAUCUUUCCCGUUGGCUUCUAAUUCACAGCACAAACACAAAAAGAAACAAACAAACAAACCUCUCUCUCAACUGUAUAUAAAUUUAGAGAGAGAGAAGAGAAGAGAAGAGACACGGACAUGCAAAGGCCAAGUGCUGAUGAUCAAUGUCCUACUUUUGACCCACUCCAUUCCCAUGAACUCACCGCUCUCUCUCUCCCUCUCUUUAUCACUCACACCAAUUGAUCCAUCUCUCUUCAAUUCAAUCCCUUCUCAUGGCGGAGAUUCACCUCGACGCCGUGCUGCAAUUCCUCAGGAGAAACGGCCUCUCCGCCUCCGAAUCCGCCCUCUUUCAAGACAUCACCGACCGGAAAUCCGCCGGCGCCGGCGCCGGAAGUCCCGAGGCCUCCUCCGAUGAUGAUGAUGAUGAAUUCGUCAGCUUUGGCUCUUCCGAUUUUACGAAUCCGUAUGCCAUUCGCACCACUCGACCGGAUUCUCAAGCCUCAUCGGAUAGGCUGUCCCAGUUUGGAACUGCUCGAGACUCCCGUGAUUUCGAUAUGCAGAACGACGCGUUGUGGUACAAGGAGGACGACGGGGACUAUGUCAUGCCGCCCCUCUUUGACGGGAGGGACUUUGAUGGCGACCCCAGCGAAGACAAGUUCGUGAUGAGCGUGCAAGCAGAGGAGCCCGUUGAGGAUGAGACGAAGCGUAAUGUAGUUUCUGAAGGAAGAAAACGAUGGGGAUUGGAUUUCGAGGAGCACUUUGAGUGUGAGCCUGAUCAUGACAGUGAUGAAGUGAGUGAGGGCUUUCAGCUUGAAAAGGUUAGCAAAGAGUGUGACGAGCAUUGCAAUGGCGUUGAGACGGUCUACACGGACGUAUGCAAGGAAGAGAGUCCUACAAAGGCCGGGGUUGUAGGCGUGAACGACACCUACAACGUUAAGAAAGAGUCUCGAAUUGAUGAUGAUGUAAUUGGUCGAGCCUCAUUGGACACAACGGCUGAAAGGGCUCGUGCAAUCCCGGAUGAGCUUCUGAGCUACGAGAAAGAGGAUGAUUAUGAGAUAUUCGACCUAAGGAUCGUGCACAGAAAGAACCGGACGGGUUUUGAAGAGAACAAGGAGUUUCCGAUUGUUCUGAACAGCGUCAUUGCUGGUCGAUAUCAUGUCACGGAAGUUCUGGGAUCGGCUGCUUUCAGCCGAGUCGUCCAGGCUCGUGAUCUUCAUUCAGGGAUCGAUGUUUGCCUGAAGAUCAUCAAGAACGACAAGGACUUCUUCGACCAAAGCUUAGACGAGAUCAAACUUCUCAAGUUCGUCAACAGGAACGAUCCUGCUGACGAGCGCCAUAUUCUACGCCUCUAUGACUACUUCUAUCAUCAGGAGCAUCUCUUCAUUGUGACUGAGCUUCUUCGAGCAAACUUGUACGAGUUCCAGAAAUUUAACCGGGAAUCGGGAGCAGAGCCCUAUUUCACAAUGCAUAGGCUGCAGGUAAUAAUUCAACAAUGUUUGGAGGCAUUAGUGUAUCUUCAUGAUUUAGGGAUUGUUCAUUGCGAUCUAAAGCCCGAAAACAUUCUGAUCAAGAGCUACCGAAGGUGUGAGAUUAAGGUUAUCGACCUUGGCAGCAACACAAUAAAGAAGAUCGUCGGCCAUGCUAGAAGGCUCUGCGGAAGGCCAAUGGAUGAAGAACGGAGCGAACCCAACCCCAAAGGAUGA